AUGGUCGCCGACGAUAGCCUAAGACGUCAGUUAACGGGCCCCCAUCUACAGCCUCUAUAUGAAGAUGGCACGGCGACAGCAAACCCUGCUAUCGGCAAUGGUCCGCCGACUGCCAGCAAUGCACGAAGAGGGAUGACUCGUCAGUCCUCCGCUUUCCACAUGCGGCGGCAUCAGAAGGACCCAAACCAGAACAUGAUGGGCAACAAUGUUGUCGAUGUGCUUGAUGUCAUCGACCCCGAGAUAUCUGCCCUCACUACGCUGAAUAACGUUCAGAACUCGCUGUUCUUGCCCAAUCUACCCUGGCUCUAUAACCGCCAGCCCACAUACGAUCUUGGGCAGACGACAUCAGACUCCUCGGACGAAGAGAUGGGCACAGCUAGAGGGGCCAGACGCGAGGAAGAUCAACUCCCUGAGAUGACACAACAAGGCGAAGUAGAACAAGCCGCGCGCGGAGAAUUGCGAAGAAACAACACUAUCGACUCCAAUCUUUCGACUCUCGAGGAAGGUGCUGGCCAUCACUACGCCGUGCUGCCACAUGGUGCCUCAUUGACAGGAUGGACCGACGAGGAGAAGGAAGCUCUGGACGACCACGUACGGCAUCUUCUCCACUCUCGACGCGCAAGAUUCAAGCGGAGUAUGAAGGGCUUCGGACGUUACGUUCGCAACCCACUCGGCUUCCUCGUCACGUUGUACUUCUUCCUCAUUACCUUCUGGGGAGCAGCAUGGGUACUCUUCCUCAUUGGCUGGAUUUACGUUGGUGAUCGCCAGGCAUACUUCGUCGAGAUUGCUGACCAGGUCCUUACUGCCUUGUUCUGUGUUGUUGGAAUCACCAUGUUCCCCUUCCGCAUCGUCGACACAUACCACAUGGCUUUUGUCGCUUACUACGCGCACAAGACCUGGCGGCUACGUAAAGAACGAGGACUACAAGAGUUGAAAGACCACAACGAACUACCGACCAUGCCGCGAUCUAACGCUUGGGAAACAGGCGAAGCAGAACAAGAAGGCGUCGAGGCCCCCGUUCUCACCGCCGAAGAGCAGAAGAAACUCGAGCACCACCAAAGCAAACUGGAGAAGUCACAUACCUUCUACCGGCCCCACGAGACAUACACCCACCAUGCCUUUUCCAUCCGCCUCCUCAUCACCAUCAUUGUCCUUCUUGACUUCCACUCCAUGUUCCAAUGCGCACUGGGAGGUACCACAUGGGGUAUCUACUACAAAGACCGCCCCAAGGAAGUCACCGCCAUCAUCCUGAGUUGUAGUCUUACAUGCAACAUCACCGCGGGCAUCAUUAUCGGUCGUGGCGACAAGCGCAGUCGCAAGAAGCUCGUCGUUGAACAAAUCCUCCGUCAAGAAAUGACCGAAGAAGCGCUCAAGAAACUACGAAAAGAACGCGGUAUCAAGGCCAAGGGCCUCAUGACGAAGAAGCAGAAGAAACAGGUGCAAAAGGAAACGAUUGGUGAACCCAAGAACCCGUUGGAUACUAUCUUGCAUCGUGGGUAG